GUGUAGAAAACUGCGUGAACCUGACGCUAUAAGAGUCAUUCCUCAAAUUCGAAAACCCUUGAAAUAUAAACCCUCGCUCUCUCUUUCUCCUUCUUCAAAUUGCUCCGUUUCUUUUUGCGUCACUUGUUCCUCUCUUUGACGCGAACACUCUGAUUCCAUGGCGUUGCCCAAUCAGCAAACUGUUGAUUACCCUAGUUUCAAGCUCGUUAUCGUCGGUGACGGUGGCACUGGUAAGACUACAUUCGUGAAGAGGCAUCUUACUGGUGAAUUUGAGAAGAAAUAUGAACCAACUAUUGGUGUGGAAGUUCAUCCAUUGGAUUUCUUCACAAACUGUGGAAAGAUUCGUUUCUACUGCUGGGAUACUGCUGGACAAGAGAAGUUUGGUGGUCUCAGAGAUGGAUAUUAUAUCCAUGGGCAGUGUGCAAUUAUAAUGUUUGAUGUUACUGCUCGGUUAACAUACAAGAAUGUACCUACUUGGCAUCGUGAUCUUUGCCGGGUUUGUGAAAACAUCCCAAUUGUUCUUUGCGGUAACAAGGUUGAUGUGAAGAACAGACAAGUGAAGGCAAAGCAGGUUACCUUCCACAGAAAGAAGAAUUUGCAGUACUACGAGAUUUCAGCGAAGAGCAACUAUAACUUUGAGAAGCCUUUCUUGUACCUUGCCCGGAAACUUGCAGGCGAUCCUAACUUGCACUUUGUUGAAUCUCCCGCCUUGGCUCCUCCAGAGGUUCAGAUUGAUUUAGUUGCACAACAACAGCAUGAGGCUGAGAUUGCCCAAGCUGCUAGCCAGCCCCUUCCCGAUGAUGAUGAUGAUGCAUUUGAGUAGAGCUUGUGUUGGAUCAUCUUCUAGAGCGUAUGCUUACUGUGUGUGGGUCGGAGGUUGUACUUUUCACAUUUUUUUGAUGUGGUAUUGAGGAUCUGAAUUCAACUAUCAUGAAAUAUUUUUACUUGAAUUUAAAAUCUUAUUUAUUGCUAGAGUUGUAGGCAUUAACAAACCAUCAUAGAUCUUUUUUUAUUUUCAUAGGUUAUGUUUGUUACUGUGAGAUCAAAUAUGCAGCAAUUGCAUUUGGAUGCUUUAAAAACCAUAACUACGUUACCUUGAAUUUAUUUUAUUCACAA